CAACCCCACUGUCUAAAGUCUAAUCCUCAGUGUAUUUAUAUGCUUCAUUUGGGUUUCUGAUUCUCCAUAGCCAAAACCAACUUUUCUCAGAAACUCACCAAACCCAACAUCUCUGCGUCUCAGACACAUACAGAAAAGAAGGAGAAAGAAUAUGGGUAGCCUUGAAGUGGAGAGAACAACAACAGGAUGGGCUGCAAGAGACUCCUCUGGAAUUCUCUCACCCUACACCUACACUCUUAGGAACACUGGUCCAGAAGAUGUUUAUGUCAAAGUCCUAAGCUGUGGGAUUUGCCACUCUGAUCUUCACCAGGUCAAAAAUGACCUUGGUAGGUCAAACUAUCCAAUGGUUCCCGGGCACGAGGUGGUUGGUGAGGUGUUGGAGGUGGGAUCAGAUGUGACCAAGUUCAGAGUAGGAGAUGUGGUUGGAGUUGGCCUCCUUGUGGGUUGCUGCCGAAGCUGCAACCCAUGCAAAACAGACAACGAGCAAUACUGCAACAAGAAAAUCUGGUCUUACAAUGACACUUACUCCGAUGGCAAACCCACCCAAGGGGGUUUCGCUGGUGAACUGGUUGCUGAUCAAAAGUUUGUGGUAAAGAUACCGGACGGCAUGGCCUGGGAACAGGCUGCGCCCCUACUAUGCGCCGGCGUGACGGUGUACAGCCCGCUGAAUCACUUCGGUCUAAAUUUGAGCGGAUUAAGAGGAGGAAUAUUAGGGCUUGGGGGUGUAGGACACAUGGGGGUGAAGAUAGCAAAGGCCAUGGGGCACCAUGUGACUGUGAUAAGUUCUUCAGACAGGAAAAAAGAGGAGGCUUUGGAGCAUGUUGGGGCAGAUGAGUUCUUGGUCAGCUCAGAUGCCACUAAAAUGCAGGAGGCUGCAGACUCAUUGGAUUACAUCAUUGACACAGUGCCUGUUGUCCACCCACUUGAGCCCUACCUCUCUCUGUUGAGGCUUGAUGGAAAAUUAAUCUUGAUGGGUGUUAUUGGUGCCCCUUUACAAUUUGUCUCCCCCAUGGUCAUGCUUGGGAGGAAAACAAUCACAGGGAGCUUUGUGGGGAGCAUGAAGGAAACAGAGGAGAUGCUUGAGUUUUGCAAAGAGAAAGGAUUGACAUCAAUGAUUGAAGUGGUUAAGAUGGAUUAUGUCAACACAGCCUUUGAGAGGUUGGAGAAGAAUGAUGUUAGGUACAGGUUCGUUGUGGAUGUGGCCGGCAGCAAUCUUAAUCCAUAGACAGAUAAGAAGAAGAAAAAAAAAACACAGAAUUCUGUUUUUUUAUACAGAGCUUUCUGGUUUGAUAAAGAAAGAAAAAGGCUGAAAUGGUGCUUUCAUUUCAUAUGAGUGGAUGUUUGUUUUUGUUUUGUUUUGUUUUUAAGUACUUGAAUAUUGUGAUUGAGGUAAGGGGGGCCAAUUUGAUUUGGUGUGGGAUGAUGACUGUGAAACAAGGAAAGAUACCAAACUUUAGGUGAGAAUUGCGUCGUAUAUCAAAAGAUAAGUACUUCUGCUUUGGCUAUGAGCAAUGGCUUGCUUUGUCAUAUUAGGAGUCCAAAUGCAUGAAUGAGUGUGUGUUUAACACAACUCUUCUCAAAAUCAUCUUUUUUGCAUUGAUAGGUGGGAUAAGUGGUAGGAUUGGAUUAGUUUAAUUCAAUCUCAUGUUUGAUGCUUAAUAAAAUGAAGGAAAAUGGACAAUUGUACAUA